GAUUCUCACUGAAGAAUGGACUUUGGGACGCCAUGUCAGACCCUCCUACCACCACCCUUCCACUGCCCUUUACUCCCUCACCCCCCAGAUUCCCAGGGGGUGGGGUCAUUCUGGACCUUGCUACUUCCUGCUCCUGGCAUCUACUGCUCAGAGACUAUGGAGCUGUGGAGACAGCUGAGGCAGGCUGGACUGGUGCCCCCAGGGCUGGGUCCACCCCCCAGGGCCCUGAGGGGUGUCCCCUCAUCAUGGAGAGCUGGCCAGACCCUCACGUCCCCAGGGACAGACACCGAAGGUGCCAGGGAGAGUCUGCUGUGGAUCUGGGAGGAACUGGAGAACCUUCGAAGAGUGGAUGUCCAGCUGCUCGGCCAGCUGUGUAGCUUGGGGCUGGAGAUGGGGCUGCUGCGGGAGGAGCUGGUUGCUUUCCUGGAAGAAGAGGAGGAGAUCUUCGAGGAAGAGGAGGAGGAUGAAGAGCCAGAGGGAAAGCAAGAGGAAGUACAUCUGGGGGUCUCCUGCCCAGCCUCGGGCCACCGGCUCCCCGACUUUGAGAUGACUAUCUGAGGCCCUGCCAGGGUGCUUCCCAUUGGCUUAUGGAACUUGAUGAACAUUCAUGCAAAGAGGAGUGAUUUGAAGGUCAGAUCAACCUGCAAAGGUUCUGAAGAUGCCUGCAAUGAGAUUUGGGGACUGGCCUAGAGCUGUGGGCGUGUUUGAAGGUGGUGUGGGGUUUUCAGAAAAACUGCAGGUGUGUUUGCAGACGAGCUGCAGAAGUGUUGCAGGGGAGAUGUGGGUCUUUGCAACUAGAAUGCAGAUGCCUGCCGAGGAGGUUUGAGAGCAAGGCAUCCACUGGCUCCAUGUGGUUGCUGAGCACUUGAAAUGGGCAGGCCCUACCUGAGGGGCACCGUCAGUGUAACAUACAUGCUGAGUGUUACGUUUUCAAAGGCUUAGUAUGGCAACAAGAAUAUAAAACAUUUCAAUGAUAUUUAAAAUUACAUAUUAAAAUGAUGAUAUUUUGAGAAUAUUGUAAUAUAUUAAAUAUGACUAAAACUAAUGUCACCUGUUUAAGAUUUUUAUUGUGGUAAAAUAUACAUUAAAAUUAAUGAUUUUAACUUAUUUUGUAAGUGUACAGUUCAGUAGUGUUAAUUAAGUACAUUCAAUUGUUGUGCAGCGCUGAAACAGAUUUGGCUCAGUGGAUAGAGCAUCAGUCCGCGGACUCAAGGGUCCCAGGUUCAAUUCCGGUCAAGGGCAUGUACAUUGGUUGCAGGCACAUCCCCGGUGGGGGGUGUGCAAGAGGCACCUUGGUCGAUGUAUCUCUCUCAUUGAUGAUUCUAGCUCUCUAUCCCUCUCCCUUCCUCUCUGGGAAAAUCAAUAAAAUAUAUUAAAAAAAACUAUUGUGCAGCUAUCACCGCCAUCUCCAGAGCCCUCUUCAUCUUACAAAACUGAAACUACCCAUUUAACAGCUCCCCACGCCCCUCUUCCCUCAGCCCUGCAGCCACCUUUCUACUCUGUGUCUCCAUGAAUUUUGCUAUUCUAGGGACCUCACUUAAGUGGGGUUAUAAGGUAUUUGUCCUUUUGUGUCUCACUUAUUUUACUUAGCACACCGGCUUUAAGGUCCAUCCAUGUUGUGGCAUGUGCCAGAAUUGUCUUUCUUUUUUAUGCUGAAUAAUAUCCCAUAGCAUGUACAUUCCACAUUUUGUUCAUCAUCCAUCAUGGACACUUGGGUUGUUUCUGCUUUUGGCUAGCAUGAAUAAUGCUGUUAUAAACAUGGGUGUACAGAUA